AUGUUGGUGGCGCAACAAACGCGCUCCACUCCAAUUCUGCAGACUCGAAGAGUAGUAGAGGAAAUGGGUGGUGGUCAGCUUUCCGAUCAAAUUUGGUAUUGGGGAAAUGUCGAAAAAUCGAUGGUAUCAGAGGUGAUGCAAGACCAGCCAGAGGGAACAUUUAUCGUUCGCGAUGCAUCAUCCCCGGGCGACUAUACGUUGACUGUAAGAUUUGGAGGUCACACGAAGUUGGUAAGGAUCCAUGUUUACAAGGGUCGUUGUGGUUUUGCCUUAGAAUCGCUCACUCACGAUUCUGUUGUAAGCCUCAUCGACUUUUACAGAACUCGAUCUUUGAAAUGCUACAAUGCUCAACUCGACGUUUGUCUAAAGUACCCGUUGCCAAGGAGAAAGAAUUCAAUUCGCCUACAUGAUCAACGUACCACACCAGGCCUACCCUCGCCGCCAAAAUCUUCUUUCAACCCAGACUGGGAACUCCGACUUGGUUUGGAACGAUUACGCAUUUCUCAGACUGCUGUUGAUCGUGCAGCGCGUCUUUUCGAUGCUGUUCACCAAGAAAAGCGGCUUGCUGAUGACCUUCAUUACGAGUUUACGCAGGCGAUAAUAGAUCUGGACAGAAAGACUAAACAGUUAGAAGAUGUGUUGGUCAACUUGCAGAGUUGUAGCGAUGCUGUUGACGAAAAUGAUAUCAAGCGUACGCAAGCAUUCAAAGCGAAUCGAGAGGUUACCGAGAAUGCUAUAAAGCGGCUGAAGCAGGAGCAUGAUUUGGUGGUGGAUCGUCGCACAAAAGUGAACAAAAUCAUUGAAGGUCUUGUGCAAGCUACUGCCAAGGCAAAGGGACGUCUAGUUUCCUGUCAUAAUAUCCGAAAUCAGUCCUACACUGACUUGUUCAAGAAGGGCGUUCCAAAGAAUCAGUUGGUAAGCACAAUCGAAAUAUCUACGAACAUGCUGGAAAAGGAAUCAUUGCAAGCUAGCGAACUUUUGGCAGAUCUGCCGCUCAUAUGGGAGCCUGAGCAAUAUCUCGUAAAUGAUCCUUCGAAAGAAGCUGCUGCAACAUUGAUCAUGCUUGCGCGUAGCAAAAUAUUAGAAAAGUUGAAGAAGAAAGUGAAUGAUGGCAUAUUCCUUAUCCGACCGUCUGCUUCACAGGCUAAUAAGCUUGUACUAAGUGUGUUACAUGGGGAGCGUGUGUCACACUGUCUUAUUGGACAAACUCAGCAGGGGUGGGGAUUCGAAAACGGUGGUGUUUACUUUGUUACUAUUGGUGACUUUGUGCGUUACUAUGCUCAUGCAUCACUAGAAGAGCACAACUCUGAUAUCAAGACGAGGCUGACAUACUUCCUGUAA